UUAAAACUAUAUAAUAUUUGGUAAUUUUAAAAUUAUUAACAUAUUAUUAAAUAACAGAAUAACUUAAUUAAUAAAAAGGUAUAGUUCUAAGGUAUGUAGUACACUUGACAUAGGUAGGUAUUCUCAAUGAUUAAUAGUAAAUUACUCGAUUAUAGACAAAACUGUAUUAGUUAUUAGUUAUUUAUGUCACUUUAAACAUGAUAAAUUUUAUUUUAUUAUCUAGRUGAAUUCAAAUUUAAUCUUUAGCAAACAAGUGAAGUGACUAUACUCAGGACCAUAACGUCAUAAACUCAUAACAGUCAUAACUCGUAACGUAUUAUAAUAUUAAUUUGUUUAUUACCACCAGACAAAAUGGGUGAACGUAAAGGACAAAAUAAAUACUACCCGCCAGAUUAUAACCCUGCAGUAGGGGGAUUAAAUAAAUUUAAAGGAACUCAUGCUUUAAGAGAACGGGCUCGUAAGCUUCAUAUGGGUAUUUUAAUAAUACGUUUUGAAAUGCCAUACAACAUAUGGUGUGAUGGAUGCAAUAAUCACAUUGGGAUGGGUGUUCGGUAUAAUGCUGAAAAGAAGAAAAUUGGAAUGUAUUAUUCAACGCCUGUUUAUCAAUUUCGAAUGAAAUGUCAUCUUUGUAAUAAUCAUUUUGAAAUUAAAACAGAUCCUGGGAAUUUAGAUUAUGUAAUCGUAAGUGGUGCUCGUCGGCAAGAAAAUCGGUGGGAUCCCUUUGAAAAUGAACAAAUUGUUCCAGAGGACAAAGAUACGAGUAAACGAUUGUUUGAUGAUGCUAUGUUUAAACUUGAACAUGGUACUGAAGAUAUAGACAAAGCUAAAAAAGCAGCUCCAAUAUUGGUUAAACUUCACGAUGCACAAGAUGCCAAAUGGAAUGAUGAUUUUGCUGCUAAUUCAUUAUUAAGACAACAGUUAAGAACCAAAAAACAGAAAUUAGCUGUGAAAGAAAAACAUGACAAUGAAUUAAAAGAAAGAUUAUCAUUAAGUAUUCCGUUAGUAGAUGAAGUUGAAGAAGAUAUAAAAAUUGCUAAACUAUUAAGCUAUCAAACAUCUGAUAGUACAAAAACCAGACGAAAAAAGUUUAUUCAAGGACUUCGUAAAACUCCUAAGCUGGACCCCAAUAAACCAAAAAAGUGUCUUAAUGUAGGUAUCAUUCAAUCAACUGUUACAACAAAAAAAGAAAUAUUACCAGAUGCUAGUACUUAUAAUUGCUCUAUGGCAUCACUUGUAUCUGCAGAUUAUGGAUCAACAUCGUCAUCAGAUUAAAAYUGUAUUAAAAGUUAUAAAUACAUUUGAUUUAUAUAUUUUGUUUUAAUAAUUAAAUAACUAUAACAAUUAUUGGUAACAA